AUUUGUGCAGAGCAAUAACAUGAGUAGUGAGCAAAAACGAAGCUACAUAUCGUCACAAGGAUAUAAGCGUGCAAUAGUUCAAACUCGAAAAGAUCCAUAUGAUUUGCGGGUGCUGGAAUGGCAACUAGUUUGUACAAUCCUCACGUUGAAGGCAAACAACAUAGUGCUUGUCGACUAAAAAUUUAUAAAGGGUCGGAUGUCUUGCAAGUUGGUUGGAGAGUGGAUCCAACAUUAUAUGGGGACAAUAAAACUAGACUUUUCAUACAUUUUCGUGCAGGUAAAAUUCAUUGUUUCAACACAUUAUGUCCUGGCUUCAUAAUAGUAAACACUGAGAUACCUCUUGAUAUGUCAUACGAAGACCAUCUUUCACAACGUGGGGUGAAGAUAGGGGAGGACACAAUGUACAUUGAGAGGGAUCUAGCCAAUGGAAAUUGGUGGUUUUUAAUGGAAGAAAACUAUGAACAAAUUGGUUUUUGGCCACAAUGGAUGUUCACUGACUUGGAAGGUUUUGCUACGAAUGUUGAGUGGGGAGGAGUUGUAUAUAGUCCACUGUGUGUACCUAAGCCACCAAUGGGCUCAAGCUUUUUCCCAGUGAAAACUUUGCUUAUGAUGCUUAUUGUAGGAGCAUUGCAAUUAUAGACGAGGCAGGAGGAACAGUUUACCUACAUAGAGUAAUCACACUUGUGGAUAAUCAUUUUAUGUACAAGGUUUUAUUUAAACGACUUUCGGAAGGUUCAAAGUCUUUUAGUUAUGUUGUUUAUGGUGGACCUGGUGAGACU